CGUGGCGCGGCCGCUAUAAGCGGCGCGGCGGGGGUGCGGGAGGGGGACUCAGGCGCUGGCUGGGGUCGCCGCGGUGCCGCUCCUCCUCCUCCUGGGCCACUGGCAGCGCGGUUGGUUGCGGCGCGCGACUGAGCCGCGGGAUCAUGGCGACGGUGAAGGCCGUGUGCGUGCUGAAGGGGGAGGACCCCGUGAAGGGCCCCGCGAAGGACCCCGUGAAGGGCGUCAUCUACUUCGAGCAGCAGGGUAAUGGACCAGUAAUGCUCUCGGGAAGUAUUACAGGUUUGACUGAAGGAAAACAUGGCUUCCAUGUCCAUGAAUUUGGAGAUAACACAAAUGGAUGUACCAGUGCAGGUGCUCACUUCAAUCCUAAUGGCAAAAACCAUGGUGGACCACAGGAUAACGAGAGGCAUGUUGGAGAUCUUGGCAAUGUGAUUGCUAAUAAAGAAGGUGUGGCAGAAGUGUCUCUUAAAGAUUCUUUAAUUUCUCUUACGGGAUUGCAGUCCAUUAUUGGACGCACCAUGGUGGUCCAUGAGAAAGAAGAUGACUUGGGUAAAGGAGGAAAUGAUGAGAGUUUAAAAACUGGCAAUGCUGGUAGUCGUCUGGCUUGUGGUGUUGUUGGAAUAGCAAAGAUCUAAAUAUUGACUACUUAAAAGCACUUAAGUACAAAUGAUAAGUAGGCUAUAUAGCAGUGUACAUUGUUCUGGCAAAAGCUUUCUUUAAUCUUACUGCUAUUUUCAGUAUGUAUUGGCUAAAACAGCAUAAGUUACUUAAUUUUGUAUGUGUACUGCAAUUAAAAUGUUGAUGGAAA